AUGCGGUCCAAGACGAAGCUCUGCAUCACGACACCUGGCUCAGACUCGGAGCUUCGCGCGCUCCGCUGCGCGCUCCGCUCUGCUUCGCUCUGGCCCGAGGAAGCUCGACGAGGGGCCUCGCGCCAACUUCACGAAGAUGCACAUGCCGAUGCCACGGCUACCGAUGGAGAAGACGACCGCUGCCUGCAUUGGGAGCGAACGCGUCAAGCGAAAGCCACGAACUACCUCCAGGCCCUGGAGCAGAUCAACAAGCAUCUGGAGUACUGGCCAGCUGGCAUCAUCAACCGCUGCAAACAGCGGCUGACGAAGAUGCGACAGAUGCUGAUCCGGAUGCGCAAGCUGGCGCUGAAAGGUGGCAGCAAGUUGGUGCCCAUCAAGAAGAAGACGGAACGCCGCGAAGCGACCCGGGAGCUCAAGGCCGAGAGCGCCGCGAAAGUGGAUUUGGCCAUCGAGCGCGAGCUCUUGGAGCGCCUGAAGCAGGGCACCUACGGGGAUAUCUACAACUUCCCCAAGAAGCAGUUCGACAGCAUCAUGGAGAAGGAUGGAGAAGCGGAGAAGGAGGCACAGGAGGGUGACGAGAGCGACAUGGAGUUUGUGGAGGAUUUCGGAGAAGACGACGAGGAGGAGUGGGAGGACCUUGAUAACAAGGUGGAAGAAGUCGAGCUUGAGGAUGAUUUGGGCAUGGGUGACAUGGAGGAUGUUGCACUGCCAGCGCGGAAGAAGAGGCGGGCGAGAGGCCCUCGGGUGGAGUUGGAGUACGAGGAGGAGAUGGACGCAAGGUAG